GAUCAAAAGAUGGGCCAACUAUCGUCCGUCGUGAUGCCCCUCAUCGAAAUUGGAGCAUUGGGAUUCGCAACCUAUGUCUUCGUCUACUCUUUGUGCAUUCAGUACCUUCUGGCGCCAUCAUCCGAAUUGCGAUCACGUGGGAUUCAACCAAGAAAAGGCGCUGCCAUCGCCCUCAUCACCAUCUAUGUUCUUCUCGUUUUGAUCAUACUCCUCACGUGGCUUCGCAUGCUGCAAGUGAUUUGGACGAAUCCGGGCAUUGUACCCUUGGGGCAUCCAGACUCAGAAAAGCAGGACGUGGGCUGGAUGGGAAUUGAAAAGUACGACGCAUUCAUCUCCGAUUACGAAGGGAAUCCACAGUGGUGUGACAAGUGCCACAACUGGAAGCCCGACCGCGCUCAUCAUUGCCGCGAGUUGAACCGCUGCGUGCGCCGUAUGGAUCAUUACUGCCCUUGGGCGGGAGGAAUCAUCUGUGAAGGAACCCACAAAUUCUUCAUCCAAUUCGUAUUUUACGGUGCGCUGUAUACGACAUUCUCUUGGAUACCUGUCGCCAUAUUUUUAGCUGAACGGAUUCGAGUGUUGGGUAGCAAGCCCGGAAUAUGGAUCGCCAUGUUACCUCUUUGCGGAAUCUUUAUGAUCUUCACCGUCACAAUGUUCUUCAUGACGUUUUGGAACCAGUCAAUCAACUAUACGACAAUAGAAACUCUGCAGCGAGGUGGAGUACAUAACAUUUCCAUGUUGGUGACCCGAAGAGAUCCUAGUACGCAGACUUCGCGCAGGAAUUCGUCGAGCCAUAACGCCAGAGAGAAGCCAAACGUUUUGAGGGAGGUUACACGCAGCGACGGACGCGAAUAUGUCGUGUUCCAGACGCAGCCCUAUGUCAACCCAUGGGACAUCGGCAGCAUGGAGAAUCUGCGCACCAUCAUGGGGAAUAGCAUCGUACAAUGGAUCCUUCCGUUCCAGACAAGCCCAUGCAUCAAGCGAGACGAUGUCAGAGGUCAAUAUGGUUGGAGCAGAGAAGUGAUAGACAUGGCGAGUGAUUGGGAACGGGACCAUCCGGAUCGACGUGUUGUCCUUUUGAGUCAUACGAGAAGG